AUGAUCUCUUUUGGAAUUUCAAUUUCUCUCUGUCGCAUACUCCUCCCUUGGGCUUUAGCCAUCCGAUCCCCCGAUCCCUUGAUCCCUGAUUCCCCUGCAAGGCUGCCGUUGCCACUGCAAGCUUCCAAGUUCCAAGUCAGCCAUGUUCUUGCUUUCCAUCUGUAUGAAGAGAAGAUUUACAGCAUUAUCCGUAACAAUUUGAAGAAAGAUUUGACUUCUUUGCUUUCCAUUUGUAUACAGGCAACAAAGACAGCCAAGGCAGCUUUGCUGCAAGGAUCUGGGGGUUCUUUUCCUAAUCAUACUCAGAGAGGAGGGAUUAACAGAAUGAAACAACAUCUUGCUGGAUCAAAAGGCAAUGUUGAUUCAUGCAAGCGAGUACCUUCAGAUGUUCGGUUUUUGAUGCAAGGGUCAUUGAAAGAAAAUGUUCAAAAGGCCAAAGAGAAAAAAGGAUGUUUUGAUGAACUUGAAGGUGAUGGUAUCGGAGACACUUCUUGUCAAGUAGGCAAAAGUAGUACUUGUGUGGGUGCAAAUUCCAAAGGAAAAAGAAAAGCUUCUUUUGGCAUUGAAUCAUAUUUUACACAUGGAAUUGCCGAUCCUACCCAACCAAGUAUAAAGGCUUCUUUGCAAAGUAAGGAGAAAUGGCAUGAUACUGAUAUGUCAAUUGCGAUGUGGUUUUAUCAAGCAUGCAUUCCUCUAAAUGCUGUUAACUCUCCUUUUUUCCAAGUUGCAAUUAGCAAGAUAGCAAGUAUGGGUCAUGGCUAUACCGGUCCUAGUUAUCAUGCAUUAAGAGUUAACUUGUUAAGAGAUUGCAAGCAACAAGUAAAGUUGACUAUUGAUAGUUUUCAAAAAAAUUGGGCUGAAACAGGAUGCACAAUCAUGGGUGAUGGAUGGACAGAUUCAAGACAAAGAUCUUUGAUCAAUUUUCUAGUAUAUUCUCCUAAAGGCGUAUCAUUUAUUAAGUCAGUUGAUGCUUCAGGCUUUAUUACAAAUGCAGAGACAUUGUGCAAUCUCUUUUCUGAAAUCAUUGAAAUGGUUGGUCCUAAAAAUGUAGUUCAUAUGGUGACAGACAAUGGAGCAAAUUACAAGGCUGCUGGAAGGAAGAUUACAGAGAAGUAUGUUAAUAUUUAUUGGUCUCCAUGUGCCGCUCAUUCUAUAAAUUUGAUUAUGAAAGAUAUUUCUGAAAUGACUACUGUUCAUAGUUUGGCUAUUCUUGCUUCAAAGAUAACAGUUUUCAUCUACAAUCAUAAAUGGGUUUUGAAUUGGUUGAGAAACCAACCAAAUUGGACAGAAAUUAUUCGUCCAGGAGCUACACGGUUUGCAACUACUUUUAUUGCAUUGCAAAGUUUGCAUGACCAUAAAAGUUACUUACAAGCUUUGGUUGUUUCUUCAAACUUCAAAAAAUUUCUUACUAUGGAAAAAGGGAGAGAAGUAAAGCAAAUUAUUUUGGAUGAAAAUUUUUGGAGAAAUUGCUUGAUAAUGGUGAAGAUAAUGGGGCCAUUGAUUCGUUUGUUACGAAUUUGUGAUUCUGAUGAAAAGCCGGCAAUGGGAUACGUGUAUGAUGGAAUAUAUAGGGCUCGGAAAAGCAUUAAAGAAUUGUUCAAAAGGAAGAAACAUUUGUACAAGCCUUACACUUCCAUUAUCAAAGAUCGGUGGAAUAGGACUUUACGUACGGGAAUUCAUGUUUUGGCAUAUUGGUUGAAUCCGGCAUUUCAAUUUGAUGAGCAUAACUUGUGCCAAAAAUUGGAGGUUCAACGAGGCAUACUUGAUGUAAUUGAGCAACAAACAAUGUUUAAACCAAGUGAACUCAUGGAAGAGAUGAAAGUAUUUAGGGAAAGACAAAAGACUUUUACUCGACCACUUGCUUUAAGCACUAGCAAGACUACUACUCCUGAUGAAUGGUGGAAAUUCUUUGGUUGUGAUGUUCCUAAUUUGCAAAAGUUGGCAAUUAGGAUUCUUAGUCAAACUGUUUCUUCUUCUGGGUUGGCUUCAAAAGAUAGAUCUUAUGAUCCAAUUGAUUAUGAGUGUAUUGAUAAAACCGAAUUUUGGGUGAUGGAAGAAGAACCGGAAGGAGAACUUGAUUAUGAUGAAUUGGAAUCUAUGUUAGAAGAGCAACCAAGAGUGGAUGAAGAAUCAACCAACUUGUCUAAAGGUGGUAAUGAAGAUGAUAUGGUGGGCAUUGAGGAUGAUGAUAAUCCAAUGAAUGGUGUCCAAGGAAUGGCUAUCAAUGAGUUGGAUGAAGAAAAUUGGCUUACAUGA